CGCUUUUUGACAUUUAUAAUCAUAUUUAUUUUAAAUGUGUUUAAAUGUAAAAUAUAUGUGCAUGGAUUUAAUACUACCGGAUUUAUUGACGACAGCUAACUACUGUGGUGUUCUGUUGCAAUGUUACAGGUAAAUGCCAGCCAGAGAAGUGUGAGUUGCCGAACUGUCGGUGUAUCGGAUCGGACAUCCCGGGAGGCCUGCCCGUCACUCAAACACCAAUGAUGGUAAUGCUCACAUUCGAUGAUAGUGUUAAUGUUGGAAAUUUCGACUUUUUUAGAAAAUUGUUUGACGGAAAAUUCCGAAACCCAAAUGGAUGUGGUAUCAAAGGUACUUUUUUUGUAUCGGGGGAUGCAACCCAGUAUCAUCUGGUGGAAGAGCUGUACAAAAUGGGCAUGGAAAUAUCUUCACAUAGUCUGUCGCACAGAUCUCCGACGACAUGGUGGGCCAAGGCUGGGUAUGAUGGCUACGUGCACGAGAUCGAGGGCAUGAGGAAAAGACUGUCACGUCAGGGUAAAAUACCACAUGAUGAUAUCAAAGGUAUGCGAGUCCCAUUCCUACAGGUUGGCGGUGACGACCAGUACCAGAUGUUGGCAGACUAUGACUAUCUUUACGACUCGUCAAUGGUCACGGGACAUCUGUAUAAAAAUGACAAACCGCCAGUGUGGCCUUUCACCCUUGACUGGGCACCCGACUCGAAAACAUGUUCUCUCGCCCCAUGUCCACAAAAAUCGUACCCUGGUUUGUGGGAAAUACCUUUAAUAAGAUGGUAUGGGUCCAACAAAAUGGCCUGCGCUAUGCCUGACGGAUGUGUAAUUGGAUUAGGAAGACAGGGAACUUUGGAUUAUUUGAAUGACAACUUCAACCGGCAUUACAGCACCAACCGGUCACCCCUAGGGAUCUUUUUGCAUGCUUCGUGGUUCAGAAGAAAGGCUGGUAACUUUGAAGGCAUGAUGGACUUUUUGCAAGAAUUAUCUCGCAUGGACGACGUGUGGGUUAUUUCCGCUUCCCAGGUUCUUGAUUGGAUCAAAAAACCAGUUCCCAUAUCUCAAGUGAAGAAUAUCGAUUCGUGGCAGUGUUAACUAGGAGCAAAGACGACCAGCCCUAUGCGUGAUAUUCACAACACACUUAGUAAUUAACAUUACUGGAGACGUUUAGGUUAACGUUUAAAUUUGUUAUGAUACGGUUUAUUCCAGGACCUAUAUUUAUGAGGCUGUUGUAUUAUUAUUAUUAUUUUAUUAUUAUUAUUAUUUUUUAAAUUAUUAGUAUUAUUAUUAUUUAUUUUUAUUUUUAUUAUUAUUAUUAUUUUUAUUAUUAUUAUUAUUAUUUUUUUUUUUUUUUUGGGGGGGAGGAGGUUUCUGGGUAUAUUCAGACAUGUUUAGUUUGUUUUUAUUGUUUUGUUUGGGUAUUUUCUUCUUCUUUUUGUGUGGUGGGGUAUCUAUUCAUAUAUAUAUAUAUAUAUAUAUAUAUAUAUAUAUAUAUAUAUAUAUAUAUAUAUAUAUAUAUAUAUAUAUUAUUUAUUUAGUUUAUUUAAUUUAUUUAUUCAUUAUUUAUUUUUAUGGUUCUCCUAUACUAGCAGUAUGCUAGACAUUAUUGUAUCUAUAUUGUAAAUACUGUGAAUAUUGUGAAUAAAGUUUAAAUGAAAGAUAAACUAGUUUAAUUAUUUCUUUACCUUUAUCUCCUCUUGACUUCCAU